AUGGCCUCCAGAGCUAUUUUCAAGUUUCUGCUGCUGCCGUUACUGCUACUCAUUCCAGGAGGUCAUUGUGACGUGACAUUUCAUUUUACGAACCAGUGUCCCUAUACCAUAUGGCGCGCCGCUAGCACCGACAUGCUGGAUGCGGAGCCAGAACUUCCACCAGACGUCCACACAACUUACAGUAUGGACGAUCGCUGGAGCGGCUCCAUUUGGGCUCGAACCCAAUGCUCCAACAAUGCGUCCUUCUACUUCUCAUGCCAAAGCGGAGAUUGCGGCUCUGGUAAACUUGUCUGUGUGAGUCCGCAACCCGCUUACCCAGUAACUCUCAUCAACCUGGACAUCAACAACCCGGUUGUUUCCUACGAAGUGAGCCUAGUCCACGGGCAGAACAUGCGGGUCCGGGUCCAACCCAACGGAGGGAUGCUGGUGGACGGAUCCGGGCCGUGCCCCGUGGUGGACUGUGCUAGAGAUCUUAAGGACGUGUGCCCUUCAUUUUUAGUGGCGGCGAAUAAGGAUGGUCGAUAUGUGGGUUGUUACAGUGCGUGCGAUGCGUUGAAGGAAGCCAAAUAUUGCUGCGGCGAUAGUGGCUGCCAGCCUGACGAGUUCUCUAAGAGGAACAAGGAAUUGUGCAAUAUGGCCCACACCUAUCCCGGGGAUCAUAACCCUCCCAAGUAUCAAUGUAAAGGGGCUGAAAGCUAUGACAUCACUUUCUGUCCUGUUUAGUCUAAAACAUAUGGGCGCUUUCUCUUUGCCCUAUGGGCAUUCUCGUGGACUCGUGGUAAUUAAAGCCCUUAAAUCUUGAGUCUUGAGAAUUGACUUCUGUGCACCCUGCGAAUAA